AUGUCCAUCGACAUUUUAUUCACAGAAGGGCUGCCAAGCAAUUGUGCUUGUCCAGUCUGUGAUCAGGCUCUCCGCGCUCCUAUAAUCACAGCAUGUGGCCAUAAUUUCUGCAAAUGUUGCAUUACCACCAAAAAUGGACCUGUACCUUGCCCAGUCUGCCAGACCGAGAUUGCUGUCGACUCACUCAAGGCUGACAAAAGCAAGCAUCGCCAGGUGCAAGCUCUCAUUGUCCAAUGCCCAUAUUUUUAUUAUGGAUGCGAAUGGACAGGACCGCUCAAGGACUUGAAGGCGAGUGAUAAAUCUACGGUUCAAAAGCACCUGACGGAUGAACCCAUCAAGCAUCUAAUGUAUCUUUGCGAUCAAGUGACAGAAUUGAAGGGCAUCCAUAUGAUGCUGCAAACAGAAAACAAUGCAAUGGACGAACGAUAUGAAGAACUGAUGAAAAGCACAGUUACAGCUGCCAAAAUGUACGGAGCACAAAUGGUGUGGAGGAUUGAAAAUGUCAGACAGAAAAUAAACGAUGCAAAGAGCGGUGCACGUCCCAUCAUUCACUCAGAGCCAUUUGUUUCCGGCCGCCAUGGCUACAAAUUCAUAGCCAGCGCAUGCCUGUUUGGAGAUGGAAAAUAUCGCGGCAAAUUCCUCUCCGUAUAUCUGACACUUGUCCGAGGCAAGUACGAUCCUCUGUUGGAAUGGCCGUUUGCUCUUGUAGUUUCCAUCACCCUUCUGGACCAGAAUCCUGAUCCCAGCAAACGAUGCGACAUCUCAUACCGUAUAGAUCCGCGAAAGAUCAGGGAAAAGACGGAGUUUUUGGAGAGACCGCUGUUGGACAAGAAUGGCUCAUUUGGAGCGCAAACCUUCUGCCGAUUGGAAAUAAUGGAGAACUACAUAGAGGACGACGUCAUGUUCCUCCAGAUCGAAAUCGGUGAAAGCAUUGAUGGAGAGGAUGAUAAUGGAAUUCCCGAAGAACAGCUAGAUUUAUUCGCGCAGAAACCACCAUGCACUCCAGACGUCCAUUCGGUAAUGUCACUUCCACUGGUGUCGACACCUCGCGAGGACGGCCGCCUUCCGACUGCGAUUAAAAUGCCGGACGAGCGUCUAGCCAGCCCUUUAUCCGUCAAGAAGAUUUUGCCAUCACGAGACUCAAUGUCCGAGCUUCCACCUCUGCCGGUCACAACUGAUGGACUACCAAGCGUGAGCACCACAUCGACCAGACCGCACUCAAUGAGGUUGUCCAAGAAUGCUGUGGCUCCAAUGCCAGACCCAUCGCCGUACGUAGUCUCGGAGAAGUCGGAGAUUUCUGAGAUAGCGGAAGAAAAGAAGUCCAAGUCAAAAGCAAGAUGAUCUAUGCCAAAGAUUGGAAUAGAUUUGUUUAGUUUCUAGAUAGUUCUGUGGUAUUAGGUUGUCCCAUAAUUUUUGUUUAGUCUUGAACCUUCAGAGAA